AUGUGCGACUCCCAGGAGGAGCUGGAGGGACUGAACGCGCUCCGCCUGUAUCCGCGGUCCGUCUGGGAAGUGUUGUCAGCUAUCGCCGCAGAGGUGUUCAGCAAGUGGCCCACCACCGAUGGCCCCGUGUACCACUUUGUGGCGCCCAUGAUCGACAAGCAAGGCGGCAUCCUCUUCACUGAGUGCCGCUGGCAGGGCUUCUACGACUUGCAAGGCACCUUCUCCUGGGGCGUGACGGUGGUCGACCGCUGGAGCGGACCGUUCAUCAAUCACCUCGAGCACCAUCCACCGCCAGAACCUGUUGAACAACAGGCGCCGCCCACCAGCCAACCCCAUCACAACCCAACCAACUUCUUUGACGAUUCUCCCACACUCGAUGACUUGUUGUACACUCACUUCUUUCAAGACGACUCGCCAACAUAA